AGUUGGGUGUUCACAAGUUGUCGGGCCAUCGUGGCGCACGGGUAAUCCGCGUUCGCUCACUCGCGAACUCGCUGUGCUUCGUAACAGAAAGAGAGAGAUAGAUAGACGGCACACGCGCAACGCGGUCCGUCACGUCGUGAGUCAUUGUUGUGUUGACAGUCGAAGCAGGCGGCUCGUGCUCGUCGCGUAUCGGUUCCGCAAUUGCGGUGUCGGAGCAGCGCCGAUGCAUUAAACGUCGUAGCGACGUGUCUUUUGCGUUGAACGUGGCCGAGCGGCGGAUAUCGCGAGUACACAGUGUCGUCAGCGGCUUUAGCGCAACAUACCGAGUGUAUUUGUGAGGAAGAAUCGGCGGACAGGGGCGACGUGCGCGUCGCACACGAAGAAACAGUCGCCGCUGGUGAAUUUUUUGCGUGUAGCCGCGCGCGGUUAUGUAAUCGCCGUAGCGCGGAGCGAAGUGUUUGCGCGUGACGUAGCAGAGAAGGAAAGAGAGAGAGAGAGAGAGAGGGAGAGUACAAAAGAAGCGAAGCGGAGGAAAAGAAACGAAAAGAAGAAGGAAAACGUCGUCUCGUAUUAUAAUUCACGCGCAAUUAUAAUAACGCGCACACAAUCCGACGUUAGAAUUCUUGGCGUUGAACGUGAAAACUCCGGAAUCUCGUUCCACGUUUCGCUGUUCGGGUUCGACAGGCGAGCGGUCGCAACUAGUGCGGGGGGGACCGCUUUCCCGUCCGGAGGCGAGAAACGGACCGAGUCCGAUCGGUACACGAGGGAGAGACCCUCGGUAUUCCAUCGAAAGGCAGUUAAUCAGUCCGACGGCAUCGAUGGUGCGCAGCCUGACGAUGGAGCAGACGUUCUACGAGGACGCGAGCAUCUACGGCGCGAUGAACGGUCGCGAGAACAGCAUGGGCCAGUUGAAGCGGAAUCUCACGCUCGACUUGAACGGUUGCCAGCGACAGGGUCCGCAGGCGAAAAGGCCGCGGCUCGGCCCGCUACCGCCGACGCUCAACAACGUCACGCCGAUUCUGACCUCGCCGGAUCUCAACAUGCUGAAGCUCGGCUCCCCGGAGCUGGAGAAAUUGAUUAUGGCGCAGCAAGACACCUUGAACAACAUACCCACCCCCACGAACCAGAUCCUGUUCCCGAGGGUUGUUACCGAGGCGCAGGAACUGUACGCGCGCGGUUUCGUCGACGCGCUCAACGAGCUGCACCACUCCGACAGCUCGCAGGAACCCGGCAGCAUUCACGGCGCGACCUACACUACCCUGGAGCCGCCCGGCAGUGCGCAGAGUACGACAGAAUCCACCCUGAGCAAUCCGGGCGCUAUGGUGCAGGUGAAGGACGAGCCGCAGACGGUGCCGAGCGUGUCGAACACGCCGCCGAUGUCGCCGAUCGACAUGGAGAACCAAGAGAAGAUCAAGCUGGAGAGGAAGCGGCAGAGAAACCGCGUGGCCGCCUCCAAGUGCCGACGGCGCAAGCUCGAGCGCAUCUCCAGGCUCGAGGACAAGGUCAAGCUGCUCAAGGGCGAGAACACCGAGCUGAGCGGCAUCCUGAACAAGCUCAAGGAGCACGUGUGCCGGCUGAAGGAGCAGGUGUUGGAUCACAUGCAAGCCGGCUGCCAAAUCGUGACCGUCAGCGGCCACUUCUGAAGCUCUCGGAUUCCGCCCCCUCCCCCUCCUCUGGCCCUCUUGCUGAGGUUCCUGAUAACGUGCUCAUCGUCUUCUUGCCUCUUUGCAUAAAUUUCCACGAAGAAACACUGAACUUUCAUCAACGAUUGCGGACCCGUCGCUCCAUGUCGUUCGCAACUUUUCGGGCAAGAUCUUUGUUUGUACGACUUACGUGGACUUAUUGUUUUUCAAGGAUAUCGCGAAAAUGUUUAGAAACGUUUUCUUUUUCUACCUGCCUAAACUUUAACGAUAUCUACGAGAGGAUUCUUUCUCUACGCAUACCAAACCGGAACCAAAUAUCUCUACAAAAACUAAUCGGAAAGAAGCAUUAUCGUCGGGAGAUUAAGUGUGCCCACCAUCGCCAUACCGGGAAAACCCUGUGAAGGAAAGAACCUUGAGAACGAAGAACAGGAUUAAAUCAAUCGUCCAACGGUUUUUUUCUCGGUUCUUUUAUGACAUGUCUGGGCAAAGGCGACAGUAAAGAGCAGCGAGCAGGCGAGCGAGCAGGCGAGCGAGCAGGCGAGCAAGCAAGCAGACGCAGCGGGAGGGAAAAGGAGGUGGUAGUCGCGGCGGAGAAGGAGGAAGGAGUGCCUUCGUAUAGACGUGAAACGUAAGGAUGCGUUUGGGAGAGUGGCGGGCGUGCGCGUUUGCGUGUUGCGCGCAUGCGAGGGACUUUACACGCACGGCCACGCUCGGCGACGGGCGAGUGCGUGCGUCGUAUGCGUGAGAGAGCGAGAGAGAGAGAAAGAGAGAGAAUGAGAGAGAAUGUAUGCGUGUGUGAAAGAGAAAGAGAGAGAAAGAGGGAGCGGUAGCGCGAGAGGGGGGAAAGUACCGCGGCGGCCAUUCUGGAGAACGCGAGACAGCCGACGGGUGAUUCGGAUCUACCGGAGGCUGAAGCUUUUCUUGCUCUUCUUCUUACCGUCGCUAUCGGUAAGAAGAAGCGAUCGUCGUUGAGCGGCUCGUAAUCCCGCUUUCACGACCCUCGAACGCCCCUUUGUAUUUUUCGAACGAAAUCGACAUCCCGAUUUCGGUCAUUGUAAAAUCUGACGAUUUGUAAAAUUGUACAAUUUGUAGACUUGACUUUUGUAAAGCAACUCCUUUCUUUCUUGACGCUGAACGGCAAACGCCGUCUCUGUUGUUUAUCGCGGACUUGCGAUCUCGUAUCGAUUUUGCUGUACAUUUCAGCAAGAGGCAUUCGCUUUGCGAAUGACGCGAGUCAAGAACGUUUCCUUUCGGAGAUCAGCCAUCGUUGCUGAAUACGCGCGAAAUAAUAAUUUUCUUGCACUCUCCAUUUUCGGCAUUUUGUCAAAGCGAACGCCUCGGGCAAGUCGCGAGUAUUUGUACAUUUGUCGAGUAUUGACGGCCCUGAUCGGGUCUUGUUAUCUCCUUUUGAGAAAACGGAAGAUAAUGUGUCCUUCGAACGCAGACAAAAAUGUGUGUCUUGUGGAUCAAUAAAGAAAAAGAGGGAUCACCUUUUCUGGCGCGAUUUUAUGCCGACAGCCGCGCGACGGACUACUUGUGAUAAGCGCAAUCAAACCGGGAGAUCACGUUUGCCUUGUAUCCCGAAUGCAAUUUCGUGAGCGUCGAGAGACUCGAGCAUUCCGCUAGUUUUGGAAACUUUCUAGACUUUGGUGCAUACGAAUUGACAAAUUAAUUCUAAGGAGUACGGUGCUGUAAUAUAGCCGCGCAAAAAAAAAAACAGGACAGUCUGCAAUAACGCGUUUUCUGUGUUGGACGAUAGAAUCGAUCGAUGAUGACUAUUAAGCGUUCCUUCCAAAAAAUGUGUUUAAUUUAUUGAGUUUGUUUAAUAUUGAAUUUUUAUGAAAA